AUGAAGCUAUUUAUGUUACGUGUGAUAAUUCUGUGUGUUAUUGUUAUAUUGAAUACCGGUGUUAAUUCGGAGAUUGAUUCGACAGACCAGUCGACUUUACAAGAUGUAGGAAGUGAAGAUAUUGAAUCGGAAAUAUUAGAAUCUAUUGAAACUAUCAAAGAUUUAUUUACUGGUAUAAUAGAAACAUCUGUUAAUAAUUCUGUAUCUCAAUCAGAUUUCAUCAUGUCUCUUUUUCCAGAAUUAGAAGAAUUUGAUUUACAAGAUAAAGAUGUAGACCUAAUAAAAGAAGAUUUAAAUAAAUUAUCUGAAAAGGCACGUGAGCUUGGAGGUCUGUUAGAUAAAAAUGCCUUAAUUUCUGAUUGUAGCUUGGAGCUUGGAGGUCUGUUAGAUAAAAAUGCCUUAAUUUCUGAUUGUAGCUUGGAGCUUGGAGGUCUUUUAGAUAAAAAUAAAGAUGGUCAAAUUACGAUGGAUGAAGUCCAGCAUUUAGACCCGGAUGGUAAAGUAGAUAAAAUACUGAGAGUUAUAGUCAAGAUACAGAAGAAUAUUGAUAGUCAAUUCGAAGGAGAAGAUGAAGGAUUAUUUGAAGAAUAUAUUUUUCCGUCCGAGAAACCCGUAGCCCAGGAUCCGGAUUUGAUAGAUCUUGAUGAAGAUUUCAUUGAACCUCGAGAAGAUGUCAUUGACCUUCCUGAAGAUGUCCUUGACAUUCAUGAUGAACUUUAA